GCAACUCCUCCCUCCGCCUGUCAGACCUAUCUGAUCUCGCUCUCAUCAUGGCUCCGGCGGCGGACAGGCCGGGCUACUGGGGAACACCGACCUCAACUCUCGACUGGUGCGAGGAGAAUUAUGUGGUCUCGUAUUACAUCGCAGAAUUCUGGAAUACUGUCAGUAACCUGAUAAUGAUCCUACCUCCCAUUUAUGGAGCCAUUCAGACGUGUAAAGACGGUUUGGAAGUACGCUAUGUGUGGUCCUUUUUAGGACUUGCUGCCGUAGGUAUUGGUUCAUGGAGCUUCCACAUGACACUACAGUAUGAAAUGCAGUUACUAGAUGAGCUGCCGAUGAUCUACAGCUGCUGCGUAUUUGUCUACUGUCUAUAUGAGUGCUUCAAGCAAGAGCGUGCCGUUAACUAUUUGUCAAUUACACUUUUGCUGACCUUCAGUAUUAUUGUUAGUGUGGUUUACCUGAUAUGGAAGGAGCCUGUGUUUCAUCAGGUCAUGUAUGCCGUACUAGUGGCUUUCUUGGUGAUUCGCUCUGUUUUCAUAGUCACUUGGGUGCAUCCAUGGCUCAGAGCCCUUGGCUUUACAUCAUUAAGCAUCUUCCUGUUGGGAUUCGUAUUAUGGAACAUCGAUAAUAUCUUUUGUGACUCUCUAAGAGCCACGCGGCAGCAGCUGCCCCCUGUGGUCGGAGCAGUUACGCAGCUUCAUGCCUGGUGGCACAUCCUAACAGGCCUAGGGUCAUAUUUACACAUACUCCUCAGCCUUCAGAUUCGCUCAACCUACCUCAAGCACAGACCAAAAGUGAAGUUUUUGUGUGGCGUUUGGCCGAUGCUGCACAUUGAAUCUCAGAAGGCGUGUUGAAAGGGACCUGAGAAGAGGAAGAUGGACCAAUCACAGACCUCAGACAGACAGAGGUCCAGCCAAUGAGCUUCAACGGCAGCAGGAAGUUACCAGCGGCUGUCGGUUUGGUUCCCCCGUUCCCUUCUUCCCCUUUCCGCUCCGUUUGCCAAGCGCAUUACUGAGAAAGCUGCCAAAUGAAGGAAAGCUUUUGUCUUUUAUUAUAGGGUAGAUGAGAGCACACUGUAAUAUGCAUAGAAAUUGUCCUAUAAAUCAGAGGGUCUAAUUAGCGAGAAAGAAGCGGCCAAAACUAGGAUUUGGUUCUGGCUGGUAUUUUUUGUUGCCUUCUUGAGGGAAACUAAUAUAGCUUUGAUGGAUCAUAUCUAGUCAGUUUGGCAUCUCAUAUUUUGUACUUGUACUUAAUGAAGAUUAUGCAAGAUUUUACUUUUAUCUCUACAUUUUUAGAGAUUAUGAAGGUCAAAUUAAGCAGAUCAGAAAAAUGAAUGAGUGUUAAUAAGUUGGGAGUAAAGUGUGAUCUUUUUCAUCCUGAAGAUGGGGAUGAGAUAUUACUGUAACACAUUUUACUGUAAUAAUGGUCAUUGUACUCAGUGUGUUUCAGAGAUACAGUAGCAUGUUACAUAAUCGUUUCCAUGUUACACAUAUUACUAAAUCAAUGACUCACUUAUUAAGCCACUCAGAAUGAAUCAGUGUUUUUGAACAAAUUGUUCAAUUUAUGAUUCAGUGACUCACUCCUAAAGAUUGUCAAGACUUGAUCCUGUGUUUUGAACGAAUCAGUUGAAUGAGUGACUCAAAACACAAUUGAUUCAAGGACAAACCAGAACUUAUAGUUGUAUAAAAAUAAAUAGUUAAGUGUGAUUGUGCCCUUCAAACAUUUCAAGCCCCUCAUGUCACCGAUAUGUAAUUGAAUUGAUUUAAUUUAUUCUCAUUUGAGGUAAACUAAUUAUGAAUAUAGUGUUAAUAUGAACAUUUUAUGAAGGAAUUAUUAUGAGUGCUAAUUUACAUUGAGCUAAGAUACUCAAAUGCCGUUACUCAGUCGAGAGUAAAUUGAUUAAAAGCAUAUAAAACCUUACUAUUAUUAGUAAAUGAAUGUCUCAUAAGCUAGAUAGGCCUAUCCAUUAUAUUCUCCUCUCUAAUAUUUACUACUUGAUCUGCCACUGGCUGCACUUGUGGUCAAAAAAACAACAGUGAAGUUAUGGUUAUAUAUGAAGACGUGUAGGCUAUUAAUAUUGAUUCGUCAUUUGUUUUAUGUAUUGUGCCAAGUUAAUGGUUCAACAAGAACACAAUCAUCUCUAUGUGAAGCACAGUGGAUAAAAAGAAAAUCUUACAUAUUCCAGUGAGGCGUGAGGCACAAUGUUCCCGAUAAAGCUUCGGUUGGAGUCGUGUUUGUACCACUGAGGGUGCCUUACAUUAAACUGUAGUUUAUCCCUUGUUGCCUUGAUGUGCAUUAUAUUAAAUCACUACAAAUGACAUAUUCCAUCACAUAUCUAAUGAUUCAGAUAAAAGUAAGAGGUCAACAUUUUCUCUAAGAGUACAAACGAACUAACAACAGCAAAAUUACUGCCACCAUCACUGCAGUUUAGUGCCUAAAUCCACUAACUCAGUUGUUUAGAUAAUAGGCAAUACAUUUUUGGACCUCUAAUCACGCUUAUGACUGAAAUGGUGAGUUAUAAUAAUGGAAUAUUGUGGCUAACCUUCCCAGGAUUGUCCUGUAAAGCUGUGUAAUGAUUUAUGUAUGUUAUGUGUGUUUUGUGAUUUUUCUUUUCCUUUUUUUGGCUCAUUAAAAUCCA